CCGUUUACAGACUUCACCACUGAUAAAUUAGCCUGAAAACCAAAAAUCUCGGAAUUUGUGCCUUCUGUACCAUGGAUCCUACAGCUGCAAAGGAAGCCGAGCGCACGUGUGUGUUGUGCUGCCAAGAUAUAGAGAUCUAUGCUUUGGGGAAGUGUGAUCACCCGGUGUGUUACCGUUGCUCGACUAAGAUGAGGGUGUUGUGCGAUCAGAAAUAUUGCGCCGUGUGCCGCGAGGAACUUGACAAGGUCAUUUUUGUGAAAACGCUUCAGCCAUUUUCCACUCUCCCAUAUCAGCAAUUUCAGUUCGAGAAGAAACAUGACAUAUAUUUCAGUGAUGGCAGGACCUAUGCGCAGUUCAGGAAGAUUUUGCUACAUGAAUGUCAGCGCUGUUCAGAACCGAAAGUCUUUUCAAAAGCUGAGGAGCUGGAACAACACAUGCGCAAACAACAUGAACUGUUCUGCUGCAAGUUGUGUGCCAAACACUUAAAGAUAUUCUCCUAUGAACGAAAGUGGUACAGUCGCAAAGAACUGGCUCGUCAUCGAACCCAAGGCGACCCGGACGACACCUCCCACCGCGGGCAUCCGUUGUGCAAAUUCUGUGACGACCGUUACCUUGACAACGACGAGCUGCUCAAGCAUCUGCGACGAGAUCAUUACUUCUGUCAUUUCUGUGAUGCAGACGGAGCUCAAGAAUACUACAGUGAUUAUGAGUACCUGAGGGAACAUUUCAGAGAAAGCCACUAUCUCUGUGAGGAGGGGAACUGCAGCACAGAGCAGUUCACUCACGCCUUCCGGACCGAGAUCGACUAUAAGGCCCACAAGGCCGCCGCCCACAGCAAGAACCGGGCCGAAGCGAGACAGAACCGCCACAUCGAUCUGCAGUUCAGCUACGCCCCCAGGCAGCAGAGGAGGAAUGAUGGUAUGGUAGGGGGAGAGGACUACGAAGAAGUGGAUCGCUUCAAUAGACAAGGACGAUCUGGAAGAGGAAGAGCUCAAGGAACGCCGCAGAACAUGAGAAGCUGGAGAUACAACCGGGAGGAAGAGGACAGGGAGACGGCUGCAGCUCUGAGAGCCUCGCUAGCGAUCCGUCGCCAAGAGGAGAGAGUACGUAUGCAGGAGAGGAACAGCCAAAAGUCACACAAAGAGGAAAAGAUGGAUGUUGACAACUUCCGAAGCAACAGAAAUCCCGCUAAGCCGCCUGAAAAUUCUCAAGGUCGAGCGAUGAAAAACAAUGUUCCAUUGAGUGGUGACGACUUCCCUGUGUUAGGGGGCGCCGCACCACCACCUGUUCCGAGCACGAUCAAACCACCUCCUGUUGCGCUGAAGGAGGACGAUUUCCCGAGCCUGUCCGGUUCUGUGGUGUCCACUCCCAUGACACCUGCUUACUCUGCUCAGGCCAAGAAACCGUCUUCCUUCCAAGAGGAGGACUUUCCAGCGUUGGUCUCCAAGAUCAAACCUCACAAGCCCCAGAGUAACGCAACAUCUGCCUGGUCUCAGGCAGGUAGCAAGCCCAUAGUGCAACCAGUCAAACCGACACCCGCACCUUCUGCUCCCCUCACAUCCGCCAGCUUCCCUCAAGCCCUGUCCUCCUCUUCCUCCUCCUCCUCCUCUUCUUCUUCUCGGCGCAAGAAGAAGCUCGUCUCCGCGGAGAGCGCCAGAGCCGCGGCUCAGAUCAAGUCUCUGUCUUCGUCCGAUGAUGACGACCCCCAAGCUGGGAAAACCACUCAGGAGAUCCGGGCCGUGCCUACCAUGCUGGACAUUUCCUCCCUGCUGACAGUCAAAGGUGCCUCAGCUCAGUCAAGUGCCAAAGCAGGCAAGAAAAAGAAACAAGCUGCGUCCUCCGCGCCAGGAGCCCCCGCGCACCCCGACGAAAUGCUGCCCAACACGGCGCACAAAGAGAAUGUACCUGAAACGAAACCCCCGGAUGUCAGUGUCCCCAAAGCCCCGGUGCUUCCCAAAACGAGCAUGUUAGCGAACGGAUAUACGGAUAAGCCCCCCGAGAGCAGCGCCCCCAACAUCCCCCCUGAGGAACCCCCGGUUCCUAAAAAGGUGCCGACGUUGGAGCCACCCAUACCACCAGAGGAAGAGGACUUCCCAGCCUUAGUUGCUAAGAGACCCCCACCUGGCUUUAAAAGUGCGUUUCCUAUGAAGACCACUCAGAGUGGAGCACCACGACCUCCUCCAGGACUGGCGCCCGUGGUCAGCAAACCUCCCCCAGGCUUCACCGGUGUCCCUCUCAACAGCAAUGUGGUGGAACCUGUCAUUCCUGCUCUCAGUAGACCUGCAGUGACCUCUGGGAACUACCUCAUACCUGAAAAUUUCCAACAGAGAAAUAUGGACCUUAUCCAAUCCAUUAAAAACUUCCUCCAGAAUGAUGAAUCUAAGUUCAAUGAGUUCAAAAACUAUUCAGGCCAGUUCAGACAGGGUGUAAUUACAGCUGCCCAGUACCAUAAGAGCUGCCAGGAACUGCUGGGGGACAACUUUAAGAGAGUCUUCAACGAGUUGCUGGUUUUACUCCCAGACACGAAAAAACAACAGGAGCUGCUCACUGCCCACGGGGACUCCAAGGCCCUGGAGAAACAGCAGACUGGUCCCAAACCUGGUAAAAACAAAAAGAAAGCCUGGCAAACCAGCACCACCAGUAACAGCAUAGAACUGGACUGCCAGGUGUGUCCCACCUGUAGGCAGGUUCUGGCACUAAAGGACUUCAACGCCCACAAGUCCCUGCACAUGGAAAACGACGACUUUCCGUCUUUGCAGUCCAUAAGCAAAAUCAUCAGUUAACAGCUGACCAGACACACACACAUACCGCCAAAGCUCGGCCAAGGCUGUCUGCGUCACAGGGGCUAGUGCUUCUCUGGUAUGAAAAGACGCUCGUGGAGAUGAAGAUUUACUUGAAGUGCAAUGUGAAGUGGUGGUUACACACGUGAGGAUGACUACAGCACUCGCCGGGAGGAGGGGCGUUGAUUUGAUUGGAGC